AUGGCGACCGGCACAAAGGGAUCUGCAACUAUUAUCGCCCUGUUAGCUAUUACCCAUUCAGGAAUUGCGCAGUACACAAAAUUUCCGGAAGGAUUUACUUUUGGUGUAGCAACAGCUGCUCAUCAAAUUGAGGGUGCAUGGAAUGUCAGUGGAAAAUCAGAAAAUGUUUGGGAUCGUUUGUCACACUCGAAUCCCUGGAUGAUCGCUGAUGGAACAAAUGGAGACAUUGCAUGCGACUCUUAUAACAAAUAUCAAGAGGACGUAGACGCACUCGCCUACCUCGGCGUGGACUUUUACAGGUUCUCUCUCUCCUGGGCAAGAAUUCUGCCAAGCGGCCGUAUUGAUAACAUAAAUCCAGAUGGAAUUCGAUACUACAAUGACUUACUUAAUGCUUUGGCCGAGAAGAAUAUUGAACCAUUGGUCACCUUAUUCCACUGGGAUUUGCCGCAAUCCCUUCAAGAUCUUGGUGGAUGGGCCAAUCCUAAAAUGAUCGAUUACUUCCGUGAUUAUGCCGACGUAUGCUUCAGAGAAUUUGGCGACAGAAUAAAGUCUUGGAUUACUAUUAAUGAGCCAUACGAAAUUUGUGAAGAUGCUUAUGGUGACGAAAAAAAAGCUCCAGCUAUUUUAAGCCAUGGUGUUGGAAACUAUUUAUGUAGUGACACACUUCUCAAGGCCCAUGCUGAAGUGUACCAUUUGUAUAAUGACACCUAUAGGCCACAACAAAAUGGAAGGAUAAUGAUCUCAAUCAACUCUAUAUGGUACGAGCCAGAAAACCCGGACAAUGCCGAACAAGUUGCCCUUGCAGAAGUGGCGAACCAGUUCAAAUUCGGAUGGUUUGCGCAUCCCAUUUUCACUGAAAAAGGCGGAUACCCAGAUGUUAUGGUCGAAAACGUAGCACAGCAAAGCCAAGUUGAAGGUCUUACUAAGCCUCGUCUGGAACAAUUUGAUAACUAUUGGAUCGAAAGAAUUAAGGGUACUUCCGAUUUUUUGGGUAUUAAUCACUAUACGACACAUUUGGUAACUGGACCAGGCGUAGACCCUACUGCUAGAUCUCCUUCCUGGUUGAAAGAUAUUGGCGCGGUUACCUCAUUAGAAGUCGGUGGUGACUCAGCUUCAGAGUGGCUACGAGUUGUUCCGACUGGUUUUGCAAACUUGCUACGUUGGUGUAAGAGCUCUUACAAUGAUCCACCAAUUUAUAUCACCGAAAAUGGAUUUUCAGACCGUGGUACUUUAGAAGACUAUGGACGCAUUCAGUAUUUUAAUGACUACCUUUCAGCAAUUCUGCAGGUGAUUUACGAGGACAAUGUCAAAGUCCUCGGUUAUACUGUGUGGACUCUUAUGGAUAAUUUUGAAUGGCGCGCCGGGUUUUCAGAACGCUUUGGUCUCUACUAUGUGGACAUUAACGACCCGGAGCGGCCGAGAACACCUAAACUGUCCGUCGAAUACUACAAACAGCUGGUGGCUAACCGUGAACUACCUCAAGAUGAACGCUUUAAAGAUCCUGCUGUGAGGGGACGCAACUAAAGCAUGGUAGAGUUAACAAAAAAUACUUAAUAUGCAUGUUAUAUUUAUGAAUAAAAUUAUUUAUUAAUA